AUGGAUACACUUGAGGUGGGAAGGCUUGGUCAAGAUGCUAUCAGCAUCCAUACUAUCGAGUCUGUUUCGGAGACCACACAGAGGACAGACACUCCUAAGAGUGACAGCCUGAACACGAACGGCCUGAUUGCGGCCGCAAAUUACGAGCUACCUGCCACUCCCGCUAAGCCAACGAAACCAGUCUCCGGGCGUAUGCCUAAGCCCAAGAAGAAAGUGCCGUGGAAAGGGAAAAAUAUACUCGUUUGCUUGCCGUGGGACGAGGAACGAGGCCAGCCUGAGAAGGGCCGACAACCUCUCGAUGCAGGGAGCGUGUCGGCGAUGCUCCGCUCCUGGAAGGAGCUGGGCUAUAAUGUGCGCGGCUUCGAUCUGGAGGGAAUAUACGGAUCUGCGGAUCACCCAGAGAACAACUCCCGAAGUAGGGGUGAAUGGCCCAACCUGGAUGAUGUUGCGCGUGAACGCUCGCAGCAUAAGUAUCAAGUGACCCUUCCCGAUCUGAAUGCAUGGAAGAACUAUGUCAACGAGUUGAACGAGGCUAAGCUUAGGGCGCUAGGCGUCUCUUUCGGCGAUGACGAACCCGUGCCUCAGCCUUCUUUUUCCCCGGCUGCGUCGAAUAUGAGCCGUCAAACUUCGAACCACUACCCGUCCCUACCCUUUUCGCCUCCUCUACCGUCUGCUUCUGCUGCUAGUAACGGCCAGCAGACAUUCCCCUUCCCGCCCCCAUUCCUCUCGGGACAUGGGUCCUCUGCUACACAGAGUCCUGCGUUGCCUGCAACCUCUUCGCCGGCCUCGUUUGGCAUCCCCCCGUCGCACGGCAAGUUCAACCCCCGUGCGUCGAUUUCUAUCUCGCCGCAUGAGCUGCCUUUCCACUUUGCUGGCCAACACUCGCCACAUCCUUGGUCUCCGCAAAUGCUGCUGCAGCAGCAACUUGGCCGCAGCGGGUCGCCUUCACUUCUAAACUUGAACUCCCUAGUUUCGCCGACCUCACCUUUCCAGCGCGAUGGCAUGUCUCCGUUGGGUGCUCACCAAAGACAUCAAUCUCUACAGUACCCAGUUAUUCCCCACCAGUUCCUGCAUAGGCAAGACUCGGCUAGAGCUUCGCCUCGACUGCAGGACCUGCGCGAGGUUGAUGAGGAAACUCAGAGCAACCCGUAUGAAGAGAAGAGCUCGUCCAAGACGCCCGAGACCAGCCAUCUCAUCCGCCACAAUGCUAGCGCUAGCCUUCAAAAGGAGAUUGACGAUGCCGAGUACCAUCUCGAGGAACAGUUCCGUUCGCAGCUUGAGCAUGAAGACUACAGCCCCCACAAUGAAUUCGAAAAGGCGGAGGGUAUGCCUCUUCAAGAAGCCGAGCCCCCUGCUGAGCCGCACAUUAGGAGGCCUUCUGUGCACUUUGGGGCCUUUGGGACUGACUCUGACGAGGGCCCUAAGCUUCACCACCCACAGCCACACAGCCGCGGCCACUCGCUCUCACAGACACCCUAUUUUGACGACGAGGUACGGGAUAGCACGGACGAGGGUAGCGUUCAGAAGCCGCGGCCUAGCGCCCUUGAUUUGCGACACGGUGACAACUCGUAUGAGAUCGAGACAAACCCCAGCAAUCUCGGCACACCUAUCCAAUCUUUUGAUAUGAUGAACCAGUUACAUGAGCGAUCUUUCUCUACGGCGAGCAAUCCGUGGGCCGACACCGUCUCGAUGGGCCCGGGCAAGUCGUCGUCACACCGUCAGAGCCAUGCAAGCAAGCCCUCGCUCUCCAAGCUUAAUGCUGGAGCUGCCGAAUUCAAAUUUAACCCUACCAAUAAUUUCUCCCCGGGUCAGUUUGUGUUUGGUAGUAACAAUAGCAACGGUCAACUAGCCGGUUUUCAAUCACCCCCAUUCCAGGCUUCGUCAUUCACGCCGAACGCGCAAUCAACGACUUCUAGCCAUAUCAGCAUGCCGUCGACGUCGUCGCUGCCGAAGGCGAAGAUAAAUGUCUCUGCGCCGGCAUUCUCACCACGCAAGGGUGAAUUUAGCUUCUCUGCAUCUGGUCCAAAAUUCAAUCCCGAUGCUCCUGCUUUCCAGCCCCUCAAGUCGUUCACUUCAUCGGUGACAAGUGCGGGGGCAUCUGGUAGCGAAAGUAAUGAGAACCGCCCGGCCACCAUCUUCGGUAAUAUUGAUAUUACGCUAUCCGAGUUUGCCAUGCCCAAGAAGUCGAAGGCUAUCCCCAUCAUGCGCCCAUCUAGCCCGGAGGCUUCUGCCCCCGAACAGACUCUUGUCGACGAGCGCCGCGAAGAUCGGUCCACGGAUACUACUCGUACGAAGAAGCAAUUUAAGGAGAGCAGUGGGGAUGGCGAAGAGAUCCCGUUGUUCGCCGAGCCAGCGCUUGAGACGGCGCUUCAGGCCCCGUCGUAUAGCCCUGCUCCGGAGCCUACCCCCUCCGCAGCCGACACCAUCGGUAGCGAAGGCCGGUCCGUCCAAGGAAAGGCCGAUGAGGAUGAGAAUGCACACGCUGGCGAUACAACGUUUGCGUCUACUACCCUCUCUGAAUCCACUGACGGCAAAUUCCAAUCCGAAUCAAACGGUACAAAGGCGACCACCAGUCCAUCAGCGACGUCCGCCGCCGACCAGGAUGGGUCUGUUUGGACGCCGUUCGAAUUCCGUAGCGAGAAGGAAAUUCAGGACUUCAAUAACGCUAGGCCGUUCGGAGACGAAGAGCCCCUAUUCAAGAAAGAGCAUAAGAAGAGCCUUUCUGCCACCGCCAGGCCAUUUAUACCUGGCGGCUUCGUAUUUGGUGGUAACACUGCCGUGGAUGCUCUGGCUGAACCUGGUCUUCGGUCACAGCCUGCGGAGGCGAAUGAGUCGCCAGACGAGCAGGAGGACGAUCGUGCUGGUUCCCCCACACCUGGACCGGAUACUAACCCCGUCUCCCAGCCUGAGCCUGAGCUCGUUUCUGAGGAAUUCGCUUCGGCUGCAGAACACACGCCCGUCUCAUCAGCGAAGGGGCUAGGCUUGUCGCGCUUCGCGUCGCCGCCUCCUGUCUCUAAAGGUUUACUAGCAUCGAGAUUCGCCUCCACCACACCAUCACCCCCCCCGAAGUCUGCUGGUCUCUCUGCCUCCCGGUUUGCCGCCUCGCCAUCCCCAGUCUCCGAUAAGGCUUCGGAAUCCCCUGCGACGCAUGCGGAUGAACCAACAGUCGAUGAAUCGGAACUACAGAGCUAUGAACCCUUACCGGUUAGCCCACCAUCAGAAGCUAGUACUCAGCCUCAAAAUGACGCCACUCAUGACCUCACAUUCGAAGAGAUUGAUGCUGUCAUGCAGCACCUCAACCGACGGGACCCGACCUUGGGAGUAAGGAGGACUAUGAAGUCUCCCCAGUGGCAUCAACCUAGCCCGACACGGAAUGUUCCGGUCGAUUCUAUCACCGACUCCCCGUCAACUCAUUUGACGCCCCAAAUUCCGUUCCAGAGUGACGUGCCGACCCCGAGCCCUCGGCAGUAUCUCACUCUGUCCAACCAGGCUACAACCCCCCGGCCCUCAACCGAACUCGAAGAUCCCUUUGUUGACCCACCACAUAGCGCCGUUUCUCAGUCUUUUGAUGGCCCAGUUCACAGACUCAACGUCGGAGAUAGUCUUCCAGGAAGUGAAUGGGACGAUACGUUUAGCGCUAGCGAACAAGACAAGCUUGAGCAACGCGUCGCCUACUUCGAUGGUCAUGUUAACGAGAUAGUUGACAGUCUCCUGGCUUCCAGGCUGGAUCCCCUAGAGAAGGCUCUGAGCUCUAUUCAACACGCCUUGGGCAAUAUGGCGCGCAGAGCGCCCUCUAGCCGACGCGACAGGCGUAGUAUCUCGGCCGAGAUUCGGGAGAGCGAUGCGGAUGACGAGGAUGACGAAAUGCCAGUGCGUCGAUCGAUGAGCCCGAGAAGAGAUAAGAAGAUGGAGCAAAUUCGCAUUGCCGUUAUGGAUGCUCUCAACCAGCAGCAGAGCAUGCGCACGCUCCAGACUGCUCAGCUUGAGCCCGAACAUCCUAGCCGAGAGGAUCUAAGUGUCAUGAAGGCACUGGAACAGAUGAAGGAAGAGCUCAGUCAAUCGUUACGAUUAGGUUUGCACAGCGAAGACAUCCGUAAUGUCGUGGAAGAAGCAGUUGAGCGUUCUAUGCCCCCCCCUCCACCGAUAGCCAAAGACGACUACCAGGCCAAUGCCAAGAUUUCGGAGAUGCAAUCGCAAAUACUCGAACUAGAAAAACGCUUGCGUGCCGAAGAGAAUAGAACGGAAGGCGAACGCGCAAGAGUCCACGGUCUUGAGGAGCGGCUCCGCGCUGAAGAGGCUCGGGUUGACCACGAGACUACCGUCAGACGUGGUGCCGAAGAUCGUGCCGCUGAACUUCGACGACAGUUGGAGCAGGCAGAAACCAAGGUGGAGGUUGAGAUUAUGAAUCGUAGUGUAUUCGACCAGAGGAUCCACGAUCUUGAGGAUAGGUUGCGACAUCAGGAAAGCAAGACCGAGAAUGAGAUUCUGGGUCGCAGGGAAGCCGAAGACAGACUCUCAGAAAUCCAGCGGCUCCUCAGGAUCUCUGCUGAGGAGGAGGAUCGUCUAAGAUCCGUGCUUGAGGAACGUGAUGAGAAGAUUAAGAGCCUUGAGCAGUCAUCCACAAAGACCUCGAUGCGUGUCGGUCUUCUCGAAGCGGCCCAAAACAACGCCGAACAGACACAGGCGGAGCUCAAGAACCGUCUCAACAUAUCAGAAAUUGAGCUGCGUGACGCGAGGCAGGAGGCUCGGCAUUGGCGUUCCGAAGCUGAGCGUGCUAGGGAAUUGUCCAGUCGACAAGCGGAUGAUCUUGCCGAGACUCACAACGAGAACAAGCAUCUACACAAGCUCAUCGACACGAUCGGUGUUCAACUUGAAGAGAACGAGCGGAUCCGGGAAAAUUGGCGUGCCAAGUUCGUUUCCUUGCAAGACGAUAUGGCCCAUGCCGCGCGCGAAAUCACCGAGGAGAAUGCUCGACGGACGAAGAAAGAGCAAGCUCUCAUUGCGCGCCAUGAAGUGCUAGAUGCCAAGCUUCAAGCUGAAGCCCGCACGCGCGAACGCCUCGAAACCGAAAUUGAAAGACUGGAGAACGGUGAGCGUGCGGCUUUCAGGGCUAUUAGUGAAUGCAAGCGGCUCGAGUCGGUACUAUCGGAGAUGCGUAACGAUAACCACGCCCUUCACCAGAGUGUUCUCCACUACCAGAGAGAGAUCCAAGAGGCCAGGGCUUCGGCGGCUACUGAAAUUCAACGGACCCAAACUGCUUCGCAAGCUGAACUUGAAGCUGCCAACAACGAAAUGAACCAUGUACGCAUCGAACUAGAGGAAGAGGUCAACAAGCUGAGGGCUCAGCUAGACCAGGUCAGAAUGGAUGCCGACACAGCGAAGGCACACCACGAGAUGAUGCUUGAGGAGUCACAGACCACCAAACGAAUAGAGCUCGAAGAAGCCAACAACGCGAAACGUGGGGAGGUCAGUGAACUGAUCCGUAAGCACCAGAAUGAAGUGGAAGAUCUCCAGGCUCGGUAUGAACGACAGAUCAACAAUGCAGCCGAGGAUGCCCAACGUAUGGAACAAAACCUCUUGGAGAGGCUCAGCCUGUCAACUUCCAAGACUGAACAUCUUCAAGACAGGGUUGCUCACCUCGAGGACAAGGUACAGAUUGCCCAGGAAGCUGCGAAGGCGGCCGCCCAAGCAGCGGCGCAAGCCUCCAAGACUAUCGUUAUCCCCGGGCCAUCUUCCCAUCCUGCUCCCGUGGCGCAAACAAAGCAACUUGCGGAGGCUAUGCAACUUCCCGAGAAGGUUUCACCUCAGGCCCUUCGCGAAUCUAUCAUGGUGUUGCAGGAACAGCUGCAGGCCCGCGAGCAGCGGAUCGAGGAGCUUGAGCACUCCGUUACGAAGCUCGAUCCCGACGCCGCUACUAAGAUAUCGAAGCGAGAUGACGAAAUCACUUGGCUCCGCGAGCUUCUCGCCGUGAGACAUGGUGAUCUUCAAGAUAUCAUCAACGCCUUAUCCGCAGAGCGCCUUGACAGAGAUGCUGUAAAGGACGCCGCGAUACGUCUGAAAGCCAACCUCCAGAUGGAGGAACAAGAGCGAGAGCGCGCUAUGAAUGGUGGAUCGGCCAUCAGCCUUCCGAACAUCGCGGCUACGAUUCGAGGAGCCGCUACUCCUCGCGUCGCUCAGGCAGUCGGACCUUUGGCUGCCGCUUGGGGUAACUGGCGGAAGUCAACCCAACCUGCGCGUAGCAAUCUCUCUAGCACCCGGUCAUCAUCGCCGGCACCAGGGAGGAAUGCCACACCGACGAAACCGAGUGCCCCAUCUCAAGGCAGCGUUCUCUCUGGCUUGAUGACCCCGCCGGCCUCUGGCGUUAGAAAUGCGCCUUCGAUUUCGAACCAGACGCAGCCGACCGCUUUCGGAAACACUGGUCGUAGAUACACCGCUGAGCAAUUUGCAAACAGGUCCCGGGGUGCUGAAAUAACGAGUCGGCAAGCCGAGAAAAUGCCCGGAACAACCACGCCGCCUCAGCAACUCAACCGACGCCAACCUGUCACUCCCCCCAUGAUGCGACCCGGCGCAUACGAUUCGGACGCGCGGGUCGAAGAAUUUGACGACGCUUCUUUCUUUGACGACUGA